AUGAGAUUAGAUACACUCUUCUCGCUAGUUUCUUGGUUGGUCCCACACUUCUGGAACCAGGAAUUGCGUACGAUACAGGUUUCCCAAACCGAGGUGUUGAAAGUGACGGACCACGAGAAACUGCUACUCAAACGCCAGGGCGUGAACUUCCUCGAUAUCACUAGCUUUCCAGCGCUUUUCAAGUCAGAAGAGGGUCUGGAGGUCCCAGAGUACUUGUACCCCACAGAACUGGUCAAUGGUCAUAAAGUGACCGAGAUUGUUCAAAAAUGCGAUACCAAUGCCAUGUAUGACGACUUGGCAUUCUUCACAAGCUUCUACACGCGUUAUUACAAGUCGCUGUCUGGCUUUGAAUCUGCAACGUGGCUCUCUGAGAAACUGCGAAACGUUACAAUAUUGUUAGGUGAUAGAGUAGCUCAAUUCCACGUCGACCAUCACGACUGGAAACAGUUUUCCAUCAUCGUGCAAAUAAAAGGUACGGAAACUCCAGAAAAUGUCAUAGUAUUCGGAUCUCACCAGGAUUCCAUGAACUUAUUGUUUCCAUCUACGCUGCCGGCACCUGGAGCCGACGACAACGGCUCAGGAACAGUGACGAAUAUCGAGGCACUUAGAAUCUAUGCACAGUAUCUGAACGAAACACAAGACUGGCCAAGAAAUACUGUAGAGUUCCAUUUCUAUUCGGCGGAAGAAGGCGGUCUUUUAGGGUCGCUUGACAUUUUCACGCAUUAUGCUCAGGAGAACAGGACCGUGGUUGCGAUGCUCCAACAAGACAUGACUGGGUAUGUGCAAAACUCUAAGCGUGAGCAUGUGGGUGUUAUCACUGACUUUACUAGCUCUAUUUUGACGGACUUUAUCAAACGAGUGAUUGACAAGUAUCUAGAUAUUCCUUUCAUCGAGACCAAGUGCGGGUAUGCAUGCAGUGAUCAUAGCAGCGCAAGCAAAAACGGGUAUCCAGCGGCAUUGGUCAUCGAGAGUGAGUUUUCCAAGACGAACAAAUAUAUUCAUACUACCAUGGACACGCUGGACCGAUUGAACUUUGAGCACAUGGCUGAACACGUAAAGCUGAUAAUAGGUACUACUGUAGAGCUAGGCAACUGGAGAUUCCAAAAAAAAAGGUAA